GCCAAACCAGCUGCCGAUUGAAACACGUCAAGGUUCUACAGGUUACUGAAGGUGUCUGUCAGCCACAUGUUAAAGGAGUCCCUCAUCCUCUUCUCGUAGUCAGGCUGUCUGUGUCCGCUCCAAACCCAACGGUUCUGUGUGUAGGACCACACACUCUGGUUCAGGUUGUCUACGUUGUUUCUGCAGAGAGGAUUCAGACAGACUACAGAUGUUGCUGUGUGUUUCCGGGGUGGGUCGAGGGGGUCUGGGGUUGCUAGCGGUAAAGAGGGCGUGUCUUCUCACUCGCACUGCCCACUCGUCGCCCCAGAACUUUGAGUAUCGACCAAUCAAAAAGGUCAUGGUGGCCAACAGAGGUGAGAUCGCUAUCCGUGUGUUCAGGGCGUGCACUGAGUUGGGGAUUCGGACCGUGGCUGUUUACUCUGAAGAAGAUCGAGGACAGAUGCACAGACAAAAAGCUGACGAAGCCUACCUGAUAGGGAAAAGUCUUCCUCCUGUUGCUGCCUACCUGCAUAUACCUGACAUCAUUAAAGUAGCUAAGGAGAAUGGUGUAGAUGCUAUCCACCCAGGUUAUGGGUUUCUAUCUGAGAGAUCAGACUUUGCCCAGGCCUGUGUUGAUGCAGGAGUCCGCUUCAUCGGGCCCUGCCCAGAAACUGUGCGCAAGAUGGGGGACAAAGUGGAAGCUCGCUCUCUGGCUAUCAGUGCUGGUGUGCCAGUGGUUCCUGGGACAGAUGCUCCUAUAUCUUCUGUGGGGGAGGCCCGGGUGUUUUCUGAGACCUAUGGGUUCCCUAUCAUCUUUAAAGCUGCCUAUGGAGGAGGAGGACGAGGCAUGAGGGUGGUUAAAGAGUAUGAGGAACUGGAGGAGAACUACCACAGGGCCUACUCUGAGGCUCUGACAGCGUUUGGGAACGGAGCUCUGUUUGUGGAGAAGUUCAUCGAGAAACCACGACACAUAGAAGUUCAGAUCCUGGGUGAUAAGUAUGGGAACAUAAUACAUCUCUAUGAGAGAGACUGUUCCAUUCAGAGAAGACAUCAGAAGGUGGUGGAGAUUGCCCCCGCGGCCGACCUGGACCCUCAUCUAAGAGACCGACUGACUUCUGACUCUGUCAAACUGGCCAAACAGGUCGGCUAUGAGAAUGCGGGUACUGUGGAGUUCCUAGUAGAUAAACACGGGAAACAUUACUUCAUAGAAGUCAACUCCAGACUGCAGGUGGAACACACUGUCACUGAGGAGGUUACGGAGUAAG